CACUCGCCCGGUCGCGAGCCUUCCAGUAGCGUCGGCCGAACACUGCCAAUUCGCGCGCCUCGCCGCGUCCCCGUCCGCCCGACCGUCCUGAUCGCGAUAGUGCGCGCGUAAAAUCUCGAUCGUUCCGCGAUUAACGAUCGUCAGUGAUCACCGAUCGCCGCUUGAAAUCGCGAGUGAGCCGCGUAGUUUCCUCGGAGCCGGAACGUUCGUCGCGCGAAGAGGAAGCGCGAGCGAAGACGCGCGUCCCUCCGCCGAGUGUCUCACGGAGACGACCCCGGCGACGUAAUCGUAAUCGCGCGCGCGAGAAGCCGCAGGCGACUCGCCGCGAAUUCGAAGUGCUGACCGUCGGAUCUUCGCUCACACAGUGCAAAACAGACGCGGCAAGAUGGGCAUGUGCUGGUACAAAUUCAUCGUGGGCAUGCUGUGUGCCUCGUGCUUCAUGAUAUUUACUGUUGCAGGGCUGUUGAUAGGUUUAGUGACAUGGAUGCUAAACGAUCAACAAACGUUCCUGGUGUCGUUUGCCGAGCAGCAACUUAGCUAUGAAGUAUGUCUGUAUAUCGUACUUGGCCUGGCGAUUAUCAUGGCAUUCGUCGGUAUAUUGGCCUGCUGCGGUAUCUUCAAGAAAUCUCGAUGCAACAUCAUGACCGCUUUCUGCAUAAUGCUGGUUACCGUCGUCUGGCAGAUCUCCUUCGGGGUGUGGGCCACCGUUAACACCGAUAGUCUGAAGGAACUGUUGAAGGUCAACUUGAUAAACACCAUAAAGAAUGAAUACAGCGUAAUAGAAUCUCGCACGCAAAUAGUGGACGCGUUCCAGUACGAACUCGAGUGCUGCGGUGCCACCGGGCCCGCGGAUUGGGCCGGCAGCAAGUACGCAGGCAAGGACUCCUCUGUUCCGUUUAACCUGACCGUUUCCACCGGCGCCACCAACAUAUUUAAUGUACCGGAGUCAUGUUGCAAAAUGACAGACCGCAACUCCUGCAACGACACUCGUCAAAUGAAAAUCGGCGAAGUCGUGAGCUCCACGAUCCACCAAGAGGGUUGCACAGAUAAACUGGCAGUCGAACUGUUGAAGCAAACCACCAUUAUCGGCAUAAUCUCGGUAGGCGUCGGGCUGCUACAGUUCCUUUUCUUAUGCAUCAGCGCAAUAUUCCUGCAGAUGCUGUUGCAGGAGAGAUACAAGAUUUAAGCCGGUAUCUCCGUCGCGCAACGUAACACGUGAAAAUUCUUCCUCGUCGGAUGUCUCCGCAGUUACGCUAACACGAUGUCGAAUUGUUUCGUUUCCAUGUCGACGUGUUACAUUCGAUCGCGCUAGACGAUUGAAGUGUACAAUUGCGGACAAUAAGGUUGACUGGUUUCAACUUCACGUAAUUCAGCUUCCCUCUCAUUUCACUUCCAAUUAGAACGUACUCAAAAACUGAAUCGAAGUUGAAACCAGUCAACCUUAUUGUUCGCGACUGUGUAUCUUUCAUCGCGUUCUCGCGCAGAGCAUAGAGUAAUCAACUGGCGAGAAUUUUAAGAUUUCCCAUCGGGAAAGGUACAAACUAUUGUACACAGUUCGGCGUAAUAGACUUAGCGCAUAAAGUUAAACCAUUCUAGAGUUUCCCACAUAGAAAAUGCAAUAUAUAUGUGCUCUAGAAAGGUAUAAUAAAGAUAUAACUAAGGUUAUUAUGCCGAUCUGUGUGCAAACGAUUGUACACGAGCUUUUGAAACGGCUUGAAUACUUUUCCUCGACUUGCUUUUAAUUAAUUCGUAGAAAUCACGGUCUCUUAUUGGGCCAUUGGCUACGUUCCAAACUGCAUCUAAAGAAAGUGUUUAAACCGUUUUGAAGCUAAGUGUACGUCAAGGAUCGAUUUAUAUAAACUCAAUCCUUUUAUCAAGGGAUUAAAUUUUGCACGAAGUGGUCGGAUUUACAAAGUACGUGUGUUUUGGUAAAAACGACGUGCACAAAAUAUUUCAUACUAUCGGGAACAAUUUGUUCUUUUGAUCGAUGAUUCAUUUCAAAAAUCAAGAGAGUACAAAAGGUACGACCGAUAUCGACCUUUCCGCUAACCCAAGAGCGACUUUAGUCGUCUAUGCGUGGCCCAAAACAAUCGCUGCGUGUUGAAAUUAUUUUACUUAUGCCGAUACAAGGUAUUGGAUGAUAUGUGUGACGUAAGUACUACCCAUAGUCUCAUAUACGCGGCUGCGUGCUGAGCCGUGCUGCACGAUCACUUUUUGGCCGAAUUUCGCCGUAGCGAAGAGAUUAAGCAGACAUGUAUAAUUAUACAAUCACGAAGAAUUUCUAGAGCCAAUCGUUAAUGUAUAAUUGUACCUAAGUUUUGUCGACAUAUGUAAAUACUGGCAGCGGAGAGAUUAUACUCGCGCGAAACCGAGGCUACUCGGAUACGAAAGGGUGAGGUGGACAAUUGACGGAACGGUCUGUGCUGAUUUGAGUGAAUACGGCAACUCUUAAAUUGGCUACUACGACCAAGCUGAUUCGACAGCAGCUCAGUCGGAUGACUGAAGUUCGCAACACUUUUUCCCGGUGAAUUUCGCAACGCUUUCGGUAUUCAAUGAAAGAAUUUGCUUUUUAAGGCGAAGGUAACACAAUGCCUGAACAUUAGUAGCACUAAUACCUGACUCUGGACAUUCUUUUUGUAUUGGUUUUUAAAUAUACUUGAUUUUUAAAUAUUAAAUAAAUAUCUGAACUUUUCUACGGAAUAUACAAGAUGUGCGUUGCAAAACUCAGCGAGAUAAAUAUGUCGUAAUUUUUAACACGUUUGUUACUACCGUUUAUUUGGAAGAUUCUCCUUCACAGUUUACCUCUUAUUUUUUUAUAUAAUUAUGUAAAACAGAUUUAGUUUGAUAAUAUGGACAUAAAAAAUCAUUUUCUGUUGUCACACAUAUGUAACAUUAGUAGCAAACGUGUUAAUCAUCUGACUAUAGAAUUGUAGAGAUGGAAAGAGAGAGAGAAAGAGCUAACUAGCGAAUGAUUAUUAUUGAACACUUCUGCAUACAAGUCCGAGUCCGAAUUUCAUUACGUUUCGCUCUCUAAUAAACUGUCGUUUCAAUUUCGCGAAAUCAUCGAAUCUGAAUAUUGUUUUGAAUCGUCUUCUCAUACAUAUUUUUCGUAUAAUCGCGUGAAACAAUAUCACAUAUACAGAUAUCAACGAUAUUACAGCGCUGAGGAAGAAUCUCGAGUUUACGCUAAAGCAGAAUCUCGACCUUAAAGAGUCCAGACAGCACCCAUGUCCAAAACUGGGACAUAAGACGUCUUAAAUAUAUCUUAUAUCCCAAUUUUGGACAUUGUGCUGUUUGGGAGAUUAGAUGUUAAAAAUGCAAAGAUAUAAAAAAGAAGAGAGAGAAAAAAAAGUGUUAUCGCGGAUUUACAUAUAACAAACGUUUAUAUAUACAUAUAUUAUAUAUUCGAUUUCUCUCAUUACUGCCAAAUGCCCUUCCAUAUAUUUGUGUAUAGAAAUGUAUAUAUAUACGUACAUGUAAACAUAUAUUUUUCCAGUCUAAAGACUUGUAUAAAAAUAGAGGCAUUUAAUUCUUCGCAAUGUAACCUACGCGGUUAUGUUCUCUUCGGGCCAAAGUAACAAACCAAACUAGCACGCCGCGCCGGCACAAAGCGAAAAGAAAAUUUUAUUUUGAACAACACGGGCGCGACGCGUGACAGUUAUUAGGAGUACAUUACUUUUACGACAGAGAGCAUCUUUUUCGUUUCGCUUGUUUCUCAUCCGACGCGUCUGUCCCUGACUUUAUAUCGACACUUCUGAUGUAUCUUGAACGACCAUUAAGUUGCCGAGAGGUUCUCGCUUGUCCAAGACUGCGGUUUCACUCGAGCUGACCCGUGUAUCGCGCGUUUAAUGAUAUGAGCGCAUACGUAUGAAUAUCUAUGUGUGUGUAAUCUUAAGAGAUCUCACGUUGAUGGGUGUUUUCGAUAUAUCUCCCGUAAAUCAAAUCUCUAUACAAAUAGCCGCGAAAACGAUGUAGCGUGUCGAGCGUAUCUACUCUCUUAAAGUGAAUCAGCGAAAUGUUUCUGAUAGGAUCUGAAAGGAGCAUUUUACCGAUAAUAUUAAUUAUCUGAUAUACAUUGAUGUUCAGUGGAGACACUCCCACUUUACUGCUCCAUCUUAUAUUUCGCUGAUUUUACUCUGCGUAAAUAAGAUUUCAUUGCAAAAUUUGUGACACAAAUUGACACAAAUUUGUCACACGCUGCACCAACAUAUUCAAUCCUCUACGUCUGCAAUUUUUCUGCAAUCUGCGAUCGAAUCAACUGCUUCCAUGCGCCGUGCGUGCGAAGACGUUGUCUUCUUAGAUCUAUGUGUGCAAACUGAAUCAAAAAUGGAGUUAGCCGCUGUCCUGCUAUUAACUAUCAGCUAAUUCUCUCAGAGAUUUUAUUGAUUGCAGCGCUGUAUUUAUAACCCAGUCAGAAAUGAUUUCAGCAUAUUUUAACAAGAGAUUGUAUGUAACAGAAGUUUAAUGGAAGUUUGACAUAUUUUUCAAUAUUUUAUAUGCAUAUGUUUGACACAAUUUCAUAUUUUUAAGGCCUUUCCUUCAGAAAUAGAAUCGACAUUGUUUUAACAAUCGAUCUUCAUAGUUAUACAGCGAAUUUAUGAGGCAUCUAUCAUCCAACUUUGACUUUUAUUACUCAAAAAUUCCGAAACUUUGAAUCGAUAACUUUUCAUAUUAAUGACGUCAUUUUGACAAAUUAUUUCUGACAGCGAACUGAACCAUCAUUUACAACUCAGUAAACAUAAACUAAAAGUAACAUUGCAUCAAUGUUAUAAUUCCUACUUAAGAAAUCCGAUAAGAUUGAUAGAAAUACAUACAAAUUUCAUUGAAAUGUUGUAUUGUGUUGUGUAAUAAGUAAUUUCAAAUUUUUCAGGUAAAAUGUGAAACGUUUAUAUUUUUGUCAUAAUUUUAUGGAAUAAUGUCGAGAUGCUCUUUUGAUUUUAUACCAUCUUUGACAUAUAUAUAUAUAUAUAUAUAUAUAUAUAUAUAUAUAUAUAUAUAUAUAUUUCAUAAAUUAUAACGAAAUAAAAAUCGUUUUAUUUUAGCUGAGGCAUUUCGUAUUACACAAGUAGCAGUUUUCAUGAAAUCAAAAUGUUUCCGCAAUAUUACUGCAAUUUUUUUACCAUCAAAUUACUUCGUUUAUCUACUGACAAAAUUCUUGUUGUAUGCAUCUUUAUAUAUUUGUGCUAGUCACUAGCAGGCAAUAUACCGAAUGCGUUUAUCUGGGAUAGAUUUUUCUUAUCUAAUUAUCUUAUCUAAUCUGUUAAGUAGAAAUAUUUUCCAUUCCCAACAUAUCGCACUUACAUUGUUGAAUGUAACUUACAUCGCCGAGUGAGGAAUUAUAACAUUGCCGAUGUUGAGAAUCACACGAUAAUGUUAUUGUUGUCUGCUGUUUGUUGGAAAAUAUAUAGCACUUCAAUCAAGACACACUGAUUGUACUUUAGAGAGUGUGAUACCGUCGAUGUUUCAAGUCGGUGUACUCUGUAGUAGUCUACGGCGCGAACGUCAUAGUGUCUAGUCUGUAAACGAUUAAUGCUAAUUUAUCGAACUUGUCUGCUUUACAAUACGAUAUUAUAUAUAUAUAUAUAUAUAUAUAUAUAUAUAUAUAUAUAUAUAUAUAUACACAUGUUAUAUUUUAUAUAUGUUAUUUUUAUAUGCGUAUAUUAAUAAUUAAUAAUUAAUUAACGAUUGCGUAUUAAUGAUUUCCUCCGUGGGUUUCCUGUGUGAGAUAAAAAAGCGCUACUGCCGAUUCUAUUCUACGACCAUUCGCGCUCUUUUUGCACUUUUUGCAUAUAGUUUCUCUCCGGUUUCGUCGGCAAUGACGAACACGAAACGCUGAUCAAAAUUAUGCAACGAUAUAAAGUUUUUACAAUUUGCGAAACAAAUUGUAAAGUCGAUAUUUUUAGACGUUGAUCUAUACACUCGAUUUAGCAUUCUUGACGAUGUGUACAGUCGUGGACGUGAAAAGGUUUCAUAAUAUAAUUUUAUCUUUAGUGAAAUCUUUUUACAUAUGGCCUCAAGAAGUUCUUUCUAAAACCAAAAGGAAAAUGUUCUAAGCACCAUAUUCUUAAAGUUUGGAGAAUUUUGUCUUUUAUUUAAAGUAUUUUGUCUUUUAUUUAGUGUGUCAUAGAAAUUCCUUCUAGCAUUCUGCUUCAAGAGUAAACAUUUUUCUCUUAAUUCAAAAGACAAAAAGUUAGAAUAAUAUCUGGUAAAUCCCCGAUUAAUGAUUUACUUCAUUAAAAGAAAGAUACUUUUUUGAUAAAAGUUUUUGCUUAGAAUAUGAGAUUUUUUAAAAAUAAAAACAAAAGGUUUAUUCUAAUUGAUAAAAAGGUGAAAUUAUAGGAAAUAGCACCUUGCAACUAGAGUUCCUUAUUUGGUGUUUAAAAUAUUUCCUUUCUAAUUAAAAAAAAAAUCCUCUCGAGAUCACAUAUAAGAAGAUUUCGCUACGAAUAAAAUUAAAUUUUUUAGGGGCUUGUUUCUUUUCUUCAACGCGCAGUCAACAUCCCCCAGAUAUCAUAGAAUAUUUAUAUUAUUCUAUGAAUGUAUUAAAAAUACGGUUAUAUGUUUAUAACACGUUCAUGUAUAUAUUCGUAGAACUAUACAUGUGAAUUAUAAAUGUGCAUAGAAUACUUACAUAAUGUAGGUUAAUCAUUAAUUCUGCUUUUACAAUUAUAAAGAAGAAUAAUUUAAGUAUCUUAUCUCGUGUAUAUAUAUAUAUAUAUAUAUAUAUAUAUAUAUAUAUAUAUUUUUAAAUUGUAAUAAAUAGAUAUUACUAUUUAAAACAUUUUGAAAACUUUACAGUUACAUGAAUAUAUUGCACAUGCGCAGUAAGUGAACUUUACGAAUUCUAAGAACAUUCUUUUCUAUUAUAAAUAUACGAAUUCUAUUAUAAAUAUACGAAUCACUGCCUAUAAAAAAUAUUUAUAGAAUAUCACAUCCGAAUAUUCCAGGAUUAAUAACCCAGCAAACAUUACGUCUACAACAAUUACUUGAUGUUACUUGAAGUAUAUAAAUAUAUAAUUCUCGAACAGUACAAAUCUCCACAGGACAUCCGAAAGACGUUCUGAGAACGUAUCUGGAGAUGUUAUGCUGUCUGAAUUGUGUGUUUGUUGGGGAACAUUCCUUAAAUAUACUCAUAAAAUAUUUUAUGCUAUCUGGGCCAAUGGCAAAUUUUGUUUUAGAAAUAUUCUUCGGAAAAGAUCAAAAGUUCUCUUUUACAUAUUAUCGGAUGUGUUCCGAAACUUGUAGAAAGAAAGAAUGCGCCAACCUUCGUGUCCGCGACGCCGUGCACUCUAUUGUAAUUGUACAGGGGAUUUCUUUGUCGGAAAACCCUUAAGCGAACACGAUUUCGAUCGACCACAUUCUUACUGAACCUUCGGGCUCACGAGAAGAGAACGAGAGGAUAACCGAGCAACGUCGAGCCGACCGAAUGUCUUUCCAUAAAAAUUUUAUCAAUCGACUGAUUGAUUGAUUGCAUCUGAAUGUGAUCGUUGAAUCCGGAUAUCCCCGGCGUUUUUACAUCAAGUGAAGAAGGAUAAAUUUAGUGGAGUAUUUAAGGCCAUCGAGAGAUGUAUGUUACAGUCGAAUUUGUAACGCGGGGCACAAUCGUUGUCGAUAAAGUGUAAACAAUGUGAAACAGCGUGUAACAGCAAUACGUAUAUUUCACAGCUCGAAAUCGUACACGGUAUACUUUCGAUUUUGUAUUAAUGUUCGUAUACAUACAUGCACGCGCACGCGCACGCAUAUAGACACACACACACAUACAUUAAUAUGUCCGCACGCGCACGUAUUCCUAUGAGUUGUCUUAUCGAUUUUUUCGCGAUCGAGAUAUUCUCCAUCGAUGUUAUAUUUCACGAAAUGGCGUCCCUUCGUUUUUGUGUCUGUUUGCAUUAACGAGCAUCUGUGCACACAUUCGAAUCUCGUCUGCUGUUCAACAGGAGAUAUUAGAUAAGUCUAUAAGUGUAAAUUUAUGUAUUGUACAAGAAUGUUUGUAUUGUACGAGGAUGUUUGUAUUGUACGAGGGAUAAAAUGUGAGCUUCCGACCACGA